AUGAAAAUAUUAAGUUUAAUAUUUAUAGCUAUUUGCUUUAUCAACAUUAUUUCAGCUGAUGGAGUUUUUAAUUCUACAUUAGAUUUUGGAACAGUUGCCAAAGGAAAGUUAUAUUCACAAAAAUUCGAUAGUAUUCCAUUACCACAAUCAAAUUUCAAUUUACAAGGUAUUCAAGCUAUUAUUAUUAAUAAAACUAGCAAUGCUCCAUUCGACCAUGGUUUCCUUUCAACCUGUGCUUUAGAUUUCACAAUCAAUGGUAAAAAAAUUGUUUCAUUCACUGCUUCUAAUAUUAAUAAUCAAUUAUCAUUCCCAUCACCAUAUGUUGUUCCAGUUACUGAUACUGUUACUUUAACUGUUCAAAUGUAUACCUUAAACAAAGAACCAGUUGAUGUUUUAGUUCAAUAUUAUAUGAAAUGGACCGAAGCUGGUACAUCAUCAACUUUUGUUAAAUUAACUCGUACUGCUUCAUCAGUUGUUGCUAAUUACUCAUCAUUCAAUGUACCAGCUGGUAAUGGUCAAGGUUAUACCAUUCAAAACUCUAUUACUUGGACUUCAAACGCCGAAGUUAUGGAUUUCCAAGCUACUGUCUCACCAGGUAUUAUUAGUUUAAGUUUUAUUGAAGAUACAAGCGGUACUCAAACUGUUAUUUGUAAAUCAACUCCAGUUUACAUUGGAAAGGUAUUUAUGAAAAUGACACCAUGCAACACUGUCCAAUCAUUAUACAAAGGUUCAACUUAUAUUACUCAAGCAGUCUACAACAAUACAGUUGCACUUAAAAAUGUUUUCGGUACCUUUGGUUUCUAUGCUGGUUAUCCAAACCCACAUACAACUACCACAACUGGUGGUCACUCUACAACUGGUGGUGCUUCAACUACUGGUGGCCAUUCAACAACUGGUGGUGCUUCAACUACUGGAGGUCAUUCAACUACAGGUGGUGGUACAGGUGGCCAUUCAACAGGUGGUGGUACAGGUGGUCAUACAACUGGCGGUGGUUCUGGUGGUCAUACUGGUGGCACAACAGCCCAAACAAGUGGUAGCCACUCAGAAUCAGAAUCAGAAUCAUCAGAUUCAUCAAUUUCAGGUUCAUCACAAUUCACUUCAACCACUGGUGCAAGUAGCCAACCAUCACCAGAUUCAUCAGAUCAAACUUCAUCAACCUACACAUCUGGUACAUCUGGUUCAUCAGGUUUAAUGUGGACCGGUGACAAACGUAAAGUUGAAUUUUAUUAA